CAUGUGAAUCUUCCUCUGACGCUCAGGUACGUCCACGCCUUGUACUUGGGGGUGCAGAGCCGUUGGCAUGGCGACCCGGAGCGGCGCCACUACUACUGGCGGAUGAUGUUUGAGAGCGCGGACAUCAACAUGCUGCGUCUGCUCGAAUCCUUCCUGAAGAGCGCUCCUCAGCUGGUGCUGCAGCUCAGCAUCAUGAUCCACACCAGUCAGGUUCUACCUCUUCAGGGGAUUUCUGCCUCCGCCUCGCUGCUGUCCCUCGCCUGGAUGAUCUCGUCCUACCAGAAAGUCCUGAGGGACUCGAGAGACGACAAGCUCCCCAUGACCUACAAGGCCGUGAUGGUCCAGAUCCUGUGGCACCUGUUCACCAUCGGUGCCCGGGCGCUGGCCUUCGCACUCUUCGCCUCCGUGUUCCAGCUUUACUUUGGCAUCUUCAUCGUGGCGCACUGGUGCAUCAUGACCUUCUGGAUCAUCCAAGGCGAGACGGACUUCUGCAUGUCCAAGUGGGAGGAGAUCAUCUACAACAUGAUGGUGGGCAUCGUGUAUAUUUUCUGCUGGUUCAGCGUCAGAGAGGGCCGCACGCGCUGCAGGCUGCUCAUCUACAGCCUGACGGUGUUUGUGGAGAACGUGGCUCUCACMGCCGCCUGGUUCGUGUACCGCGGCGCSGCCGAGCGUCACGGGGGCCCGGACUUCUACGCCGUCGUCAUGGUGUGCAUUGUGGCCAGCAGCUAYGCGCUUGGCACCUUCUUCAUGUUUGUGUAUUACUGCCUGCUGCACCCUGACGGCUCCAUGUCUGGGUGGGGCUACAUAGCGGAGAAGGAGGUUCCUGURGAGGUGCUGGCGUCACCGACCUCCAGCCUCCCACCGGAUCUAGUCGGCAGCCCGCCGAGGACCCUCCAGAGAACUAAAGGCUUGGACAGGGAGCYUGGGGUGGACGGAGAYGUGUUUAAGGUGCGCCCUCCGAGGGGGGCCAAGCCCCCUGUGCCUAGCCUCAAACCCAGGACAGAGGGCCCCGUCAUCCGAAUAGACCUACCGAGAAAGAAAUACCCRGCAUGGGACGCUCAUUACAUCGACCGACGGCUGCGAAAAACCAUCCUGGUGCUGGAGAGCGCAGCCCCGGUGACGCCGAGGAUUCAGUACCGCUGCCUGAGCACAGCCAAAGAAGUGAUGGAGUACGAAACCACCGUGUGAUGUGCCAGAGUUGCUGUGACUCAGCUGGACAUCCCGCCUUAAAGUGAAGAUGGCAGGAGGAACUGCUGUCAAUGCACAGUCUGUUUCAGCUCCRCGAUCUCCGAUUGCUCUCUGUGCUGAAGAAGGGAGAGGUGGAGGAAUSCGUCUUUAUGUUCUGCUAGAAAAAAGAGAAAGGUUUAAAAGAAAUUAUGUUGUGUAUAGGGCUGGGCGAUAAAUCUAUUUAGUCAAUUUUUGAAUAUUUAAUUUGUGGAAAAUUAAGAUUUUUUUCCACUAAUGCACUCCUUGGGUGAUGUCAGCAUUCCCAAGUCCGCCAUUUUGUUUCUUGUUUCAUUUGGAUUUUGGAAUCAGGUCAACUCUUCUAUAUAGAAYUAAGACCAGACCACAAAUGUAUUUUUUUAAUUAAGAGAAUAAAGUUGUGUUUUUCAAACACAACAAAACAACAAAAAUUAAAAUGAGGAAUGCUGAGCAUCAAAUUAUUAUCAGCAGCAGGACUUUUAARUAGGGAUGCAAACAGUUACACGACUUAUAAUUAAUUGUCGAUUAAUUGUUUGAGAUGAUUAAUAAAGUUAAACCUUCUGGUGUUGUAGUUUGGCCUCCAUCCAGCAGAGGCGCUGCUAGUCAUCCUUAAGCGGAGCCCUUGAUCCAGAAACAAAGAUGGCGGCAUAGCAUAACAGGAAAGAAGCGAUCCAAACACAGUCCGAUGUGAUGCAAAAUGAACUUCAUGCGGUUUUGUUUUGAAAUAUAAACACUCGUCAAGCUUUUUAAGUUUCACCUCAAUAAAAUUUGCUUAGUCUACUUGUUUUUUAUUAUUAAAAUGACUUGUUUCAAUAUGUUUUUUCUGUUAAAAUURUAGCUAACGUUGACUAUAUUCCCGUAAAUAAACAAAAAAUUUCAUACCCUAAUACUCCGUGGUAAUCUUAAGGGAUGAUUUAAAAAAUAUUUUCUAUCAUUUGUAAUUUCUCUUUUAGAAAAGAAAGCGAGAAAAGAACUCAUCGGAAGUCGGAUUUGAUAUGAAAAGAUCGAAUAUUUCAUUUUUUUAAGUCAUAUCGCCCAGCCCUAGUCGUGUACAGAAGGUGCAUACUUUGGUUUCUGUAUCAGUUCUCAGGUCAUGAUGUGGCACAAAGAGGUGAGGAAAAAGCACAGGCAGGCAGAGAAAUGUUAAUUCCUCCGCUGUGAGGGAAGCACCAACCUCUGCAGGGKGUUGACAAGCCUUCAAGCACGCAAGAUUAUUUAUGGCAGCUACACCACCGCUGAGUGAGUACGUGAGGAUGAUCAAAAUUUAAUCCUGCAAACAACCUACAAGAACCACAGCACAGGUAGUUUUCUUGGUUAUUGUCAUUUUUCAGUAGCUUAGAGUCACGUUGCAAGGGAAGAGUAGAAAAGCAACAAUUUGGGCUGAAUGUAAAAACUGGACAGUGUGAAUAUUUAUUACAAGACUUUUUACGCAUUUUCAUGCUGUUAAUAGGAUUUUCAACAUUCCUGUGGUUCUUUUUUUUUAAGUUAAAAUUGAAAGAAAAUGUGUUUACAAGCGGGCUGUUAUAUCGUUCAUUUCUCUUUUAAAAAUGAAAAUGCACUGAAAAACAAAUUUGUUGUGAUUUUUAUAAUUUUUACAGGGCAUAAAUGUGAUGGACUUUACAUGUCCAAAUAAAAGCCCAUCUUAAGCAGCAAAAGCUACAUGACAGAUAUUAUUUAACAUGUAAAUUACUGUAUAAUGAAGAGGAAGUUUUAGGGACACCGGUGUUUGUUAUUGUAACUGUACUGAUACUUUCUUAAAGGAACUAUCUUAAAAAAUGUAGAAAAAAACAAACAGUUCCCAUCCAAGCAUCAAAGCUAUGAUAGUAGUGAUGGUAAUGGAUGGAUGAUUAGCCAGAUUAAUUGAUAAAUUAAUGGAUGGAUUAAUGGACAGAUGAAUGGAUUGUUAGAUGGAUGGUUGAACAGAUGGAUGCCUGGACAGAUGGAUGGUUGGAUGAAUAAUUAGACAGGUGGAUGGAUUGAUGAAUGAUGAUUACAUGAAUGGAUGGAUGGACAGAGGAUGGUUGAAUGGAUUAUUGGUUGUAUAGAUGUUGGAUGAAUAAUCAGAUAGAUGGAUGAGCAGAUGGAUGGUUGGAUGGAUGAGCAGGUGGGUGGAUGGUUGGAUGGUUCAUAAUGUGUUUCAGAUCCUCUGAAUCUCUUUGUGUGUUUUCAUUUCCUCAGAUUGAACUGAACUGGAUCUUUUCCAGUUCACCAUCUGAUCUCAAUCUGAGGUUUUUAAACCCAAAGCUAAAGAAAACAUUUGUUUCUUAAAUUACACCCAACAGGUUCUGACCCGAACUCCUACCUGGCCUGUUUUCCUUUAGUGCAGAUAGAAAAUGGACAUUUCUGAAUUGUGUGUUUUCGAGGUGUGURUUUGUUUGUGAGCUUCACAGACCAGCACGAGUGAAGAUGGUGGGACUGAGCAGGGGGAUUAUGGGUAAUUAAUCUGAAACUGUGUCACUGAGAUGCUACGGUUCUCUUGUAUGAUCUCAGUUUGUUUUCCCAAAUGACUCUGAACAAAAUCCACCUCCCACAGAGACUCUUUUAAAAAUGAUUUUCCUUUUUAUUUGCAUUCCCUGCUGCGGUUUCCUGGAAGCCGCUCAGGCUGUAGUUAUGGUGCUAAAGGUUAGAGUCCAUCAUGUGAGAACCAUAAAGUGAACCAUAAAAAGUGCUUGUUGUGGCAGGACCUGGGCGAGGCUGUACCUCAGAGACAGAGCUGGAAUCAAAAAGCCUUAAGCUGGUCGUGMCAGACUGUUGCUGUUCUGAUAAAUAAAAUAAAAACAAAAACUGAUCAACAAGAAGGUGAUGACAAUUUCAUUGUGGUAUUGUUGCUAAAAUAAAGAGCAAUGUGUUUACCUGA